AUGGAUUGGAGAUGCUUAAUGUUCCAGAACAAUGCUAGACCUAAAGCCAUAUUUAUUAUGUGGCUACAGAACCAUGGAAGAUUGCUAACAAAAGAUAGGCUGAAGAGAUGGGGUCUCCAUAUGGAUGAGACAUGUGUGUUGUGUCAGGCUGAUAAGGAAACAAGAGAACACUUGUUUGCAGAAUGCUCUUAUGCCAACAUAUUAUGGAACAAUUUAUCUAUAUGGGCUCAAGUCCACUCCAUUGUUCCCAAUACUUGGAUACAGUAUUUCCAACUCAUCAUUCAUCACUCAAAAUGGAAGACAGCUUCAGCAAUGUUACUUAAAAUGAUGUAUGCUGAAUACAUACAUGUGCUAUGGAGAGAAAGGAAUACUCGAAUAUUUGAGGGUGCAAGCAGAGAACAUAAAGCACUGGCAAGGGAGGUUGUGAGCAUAUGCUACUUUAGGGCAGAUAAAAAAGUGAAGAGACUGAUACAGAAUCUAUACUUUUGA